GAGGAGUACACGGACAAGGACCGCGCCGCGGCCGCCAACAUGGGCUCCCGCGACAUCAAGCAGUCGCUGCGGCUGAAGCGCAAGCAGGAGCGCAGCCGCGCGCUGCAGAUACCCGAGGAGGCGCGGCCCGGGGCGCUGCUCGCGCUCGGCAGCCGCGAGAUGCGGCGCGGAAACCUGCGCACCGCCAUCGGAUUCGUCCACAAGGCGCUGGAGCUGAACCCGCGCGACAAGAACGCGCUGGUGUGCCGCAGCAAGUGCCACCUGCUGAUGGGGGAGCCGCAGCUGGCGCUGCACGACGCCGAGGCUGCGCUGCGCAUCGACAAGAACUUCGUCAAGGCUAUCUUCCAGAAGGCGGAGGCGCUGUACAACACGGGCGACUUCGAGCACAGCCUGAUGUUCUACCACCGUGGACAGCGCCUGCGCCCAGAGCUCGACGCCUUCCGGCUGGGCGUGCAGAAGACGCAGCAGGCCAUCCAGAACACCAUCGGACAGGCGCUGACUGGCCCCGAAGCGAGACGGGCGCUGCGCUGCCAGUCGGCCCGGCGGCCGUCCGAAGAGGAGGCGAGGCCCGCCUCCAGGUCCGGCUCUGGGGCCAGCGGCGGGGGCGGCAGCCGGUUUCGGGAGCGCGCCAGGUCCCCCAGCGGCCGCCGCCUGCUGGGCGAGCUCUGCGUCGACAAGGAGUACCUGGAGCAGCUGCUGCAGAACCCCGAUAUAAACAGUCUGCAGCCGAACGGUGCCAGCUUCAUAGCUGCUGAAGCUGAGGAGGCGGUCUCGUUUCUAAAAACGCGGCAGGAGUUCUGGCGACAACAGUACCCAAUCAGCAUUAACGCAUCGAAACUGAAAAGACACAGAAACUAGCCUACAUGUUUUCAACAUUCUUAACAUACCUCUCCUGUGCAAAAGAAACAAAAUUAUUUGAUUACUAAAUUAACAAAUAAGUCAAAUUUGUCAUACAAUUUUCAUCAAUAAAUUUAA